AUGACCACAACAAUUCCUGGUUCGUUGGUUAAUAAGACCAAAAAGCACUUUAUGGGAAUGUCCGCCCCAGCUGGCUAUGUUGCUGGUGUUGGAAGAGGCGCUACUGGAUUUACUACAAGAUCUGAUAUUGGACCUGGCGUUGAUUUGCCCGCUGAUCCUGGGAUGGCUGGGGCAGCUGCAGGGGCAACUCCAGCUAAAAAGCCUAAAGAUGACGAUAAUGAUGAGCCUGAAGAUUUAAAUGACGCUAACUACGAUGAGUUCGAAGGUUAUGGAGGAAGUUUAUUCGCAAAAGACCCUUAUGAUAAAGAUGACCAAGAAGCUGACGAAAUUUAUCACGCUGUUGAUAUGAGGCAAGAUGAACGUCGAAGGGAUUAUCGAGAAAGAAAGUAUAAAGAAGCAGUCGAAAACUACAGAAAAGAAAGGCCCAAAAUUCAACAACAAUUUAGCGAUUUGAGAAGACAAUUGGCAACAGUCAAGGAGGAGGAAUGGGCAUCAAUUCCUGAAGUUGGUGAUAGCAGAAAUAGAGCAAAGAGGAAUCCAAGAAUGGAAACUUUCACGCCUGUACCUGACUCUGUUAUAGCUUCAGCAAUGGGCUAUGGACAAAUGAACACAGUAAUGGAUUCAAGUAUCCAAAAUGGAAUUUCUACUCCUUAUUCUGGUUUUCAAUCUUCUUUGGGUGGCGGCUUUCAAUCAACCUUUGGCGGAUUCCAAUCAAUUUUAAAUCCUGGAUUGGUCACUCCAGGUUGGAAGACUGGGUCAGGAACGUCUUCGGACUUGGAUUUGCGCAAAAUUGGACAAGCAAAAAAUCGGAUUAUGGAUAUUAGACUUAACCAGGUUUCGGAUUCUGUUUCUGGCCAAACUGUGGUAGACCCAAAAGGUUAUUUAACUGAUCUUCAAUCAAUGAUACCUCAAUUCGGAGCGGACAUGCAGGAUAUUAAAAAGGGUCGAAUGCUUUUGAAAUCCUUGCGUGAAACAAACCCAGAAAAACCUCAAGGUUGGGUAGCCUCUGCACGUUUAGAAGAAGCUAGUGGUAAAUUACAAGCAGCGAGGAAUUUAAUAAUGGAAGGACUUGAAAGGAUUGAUAAAUCUGAAGAUUUGUGGCUUGAAGCAAUUCGAUUACACCCUCCUAAUGUUGGAAAGAAUAUUGUUGCCAAUUCGGUUCGUGCUCUUCCCCAUUCAGUCAAAAUUUGGUUAAAAGCUGCUGACCUUGAAAUUGAUGUUAAAGGCAAAAGAAAAGUUUUGCGUAGAGCUUUGGAAAGUAAUCCAAGCUCAGUUCGUUUAUGGAAAGCCGCGAUAGAUUUGGAAGAUCCUGAAGAUGCUCGAAUGCUUUUGUCUAGGGCUGUUGAAUGUUGCCCUUUAAGUACUGAAUUGUGGCUGGCUUUGGCGAAAUUGGAGACUUAUGAAAAUGCUCAAAAGGUAUUAAACAAAGCUAGAGAAAAUAUUCCAACAGAAAGAAUGAUUUGGAUUGCAGCUGCAAGACUAGAAGAAACUCGUGGACAAGCUAAAAGAGUCCCAAUUUUAAUUGAACGUGCUUUAAUUUCUCUUCGUUCUGCACAAGUUGAAAUAAACAGAAAACAAUGGUUGGAAGAUGCUGUUGAAUGUGAGGCUGCUAAUUGCCCAUUGACUAGUAGAGCUAUUAUACAAAAUGUCAUAGCAAUUGGUGUUGAAGACGAAGAUAGAAAACACACAUGGAUGGAAGAUGCAGAAUGGUUUAUAACACAACAUGCAAUACAAUCAGCUCGAGCAGUAUAUUCCUACAUUUUAAAUAUAUUUUCAAAGAAGAAAAGUAUUUGGACUCGAGCAGCAUUUUUUGAAAGAGAAUUUGGUUCUGUUGAAAAUUAUGAAGAAAUUUUGAAGAAGGCAACAGAAAAUUGUCCAGAUGCUGAAAAUUUGUGGUUAAUGCAAGCAAAAUCGAGAUGGCAGGGAGGGGAUGUUGAAGGUGCUCGUCAAAUUUUAGCCCAAGCUUUUAGACAUAAUCCUAAUUCUGAAGAGAUUUGGAUGGCUGCGGUUAAACUUGAAUCGGAAAAUGAGGAAUUUGAUCGUGCACGAAAAUUACUUGAACGUGCUCGAAAUUCUGCACCUUCCCCCCGUUUUUGGAUGAAAUCUGCACGUUUAGAAUGGUGUUUAAAUGAUUUGGUUAGAGCAAAAGAAUUGUUAAAUGAAGGAAUUAAAUUAUAUCCAAAUUUUGAAAAAUUUUAUAUGAUUUUUGGACAAAUAUUUACACAAGAAGGCAAUUUUGAUGAAGCAAGAAAAUUUUAUAUUGAAGGAACUAAAAGAAAUGUUCAUUGUAUUCCUCUAUGGUUAUUGUUGGUUAGACUAGAAGAAUUUAGAGGAAGACAUAUAAAAGCGAGAAGUGAAUUAGAUAUUGCAAAAACUAAGAAUCCAAAAUGUGAUGAAUUGUGGUUGGAAGGUGUUAGAAUUGAAAUGAGAGCUGGACAGAGAGAAUUGGCACAAUCAAUGUUGGCUAGAGCUUUGCAAGAAUGUGAACAUUCUGGAAGACUUUGGGCAGAAGCUAUAUUCAUUGAAUUACGCCAUGCUAGAAAAACAAAAAUUGUGGAUGCAUUAAAGAAAUGUGAGCAUGAUCCUCAUGUACUUUUGGCUGGUUCUAAGCUUAUUUGGGCUGAAAGAAAAUAUAAAAAAGCGAGGGAAUGGUUUAUGCGAACAGUUAAAGUUGAACCUGAUUUUGGCGAUGCUUGGGCAUAUUUUUAUAAAUUUGAACAAAUUCAUGGAACUCAGGAACAAAAAGAUGAAGUAAAGAAGCGUUGUUUACAAGCAGAGCCACGCCAUGGAGAACUUUGGCAAGCAGCAUCAAAAGAUGUUAAAAAUUGGCGUAAAAGAACAGGGGAACUUUUAGAAAUAAUUGUUGUUAAAAAAAUGUUCUUCAAACAAUUUAUAGCAGCUUGCAACCAAAACAUAAUUCCUGUUCGUUAUGAAAGAUCUUUUAGAGGAUUAAAAAAGUUGAUGGAAAGGCAAGGUUUGGUACCUUUUAGUGAAGAUGAUCAGGCUUUUAAUUAUUUGGAAAGGAGGGCUGGAAUGUUGAAGCCAGUGCAUACCGUGGAAGAACAAAUUGAAUAUAUGGCUAGUGAAGCUUAUUGGAAUGUCUACAAAGAUAGACCAAUUUGGGAAACUUCUUGGAAACGUAAUUUACGUACACAAUUAAAAUGGCAACCACCAACCAGACUUUUUUGUAUUGACCGAAAUGGACGUUUUAAUGUAAAUAAUGCUUGCCCUGUUUGUCGAGACGAAUAUUUUUUCUUUGAUUACAGGAAUCCAAAAUUAAUGCAACAUUUUUUACAACCUGGAACUGACUUGCCCAUAUCUAAUUUAAAAACUGGUUUGUGUAUUGAACAGACAAUCAAUUUACAAGCUCAAGUGUUGAAAGCAAAGGAAAAUGGAACACUUCCAUUCAAUGUUGAAUUUCGUUAUUUUGAUUACAAAGAGUGGUAUCCAGAAUUAUGGAAAAAUAGAGAAGAUGAAACAACAAAGCUUGUCGGAGAUGAAGAACUUCCAAAAAGAAAUGUUUCUGUAGACGAUGUUUAUCAAAAUCCGGAUAUUGUAUUUCCUAUACAUAAUAGAGAUGUUAAUACAAAAUGGGAUGAGUGGUGGAUGAGACAAGAAAAAUUUACUAGAAAGGGGCGAUAA